CGCAUAGCGCGCGGAUAUAGAGGGUGCCGAGAGGGAAACUCGUCCGAGGGUGACACGGUCGGGUAUCGCGCCGUCAGUUGCUAUGCGUCCGGGUAAAGUGGCGAACGCAUCGCGCGCGAGCCCGAGAACGAACCACCGUCCCUAAAAAGUCGCGUUCUCAUCCGCGAGCCAGACGUGCCAAACGCUGGUGUAUACACGCGCUCACUCACUGCCCAAAUCCUUUUUUAUUUUCCUGGCGACGACGACUGGAACAUUGUCUCCCAGACGACGUGCUCGCCUAAUUUCCAUGCGACGGACGCGGAUCCGACGCGAUUAGAGCACAUGCCCCGGCGAUCACGAUGACCAUGAUCGCGAAUCCAGCCGCGCCGAUCAUCGGCCUCGUCCUCGUCCUGGCGGCCACUUUUCAUCGCGGUGAAGCGAUAACAUGUUAUCAAUGCAACAGCGAGUACGACCCGAGAUGCGGCGACCCAUUCGAUUCAUACAGUCUGGGAACUGUGAACUGCAGCUUCCAGCCUCGUUUGGAACAUCUCAGCCAUUUAGAACCUACUAUUUGCCGAAAACUCAGUCAAAGAAUAUACGGCAAGGUGAGGGUUGUCCGAGGCUGCGGUUACAUCACGGACGAGAAGGACAACGGCGAGUGCCUUAUGAGGUCCGGCACCCACGACGUGCGCGUGCAAUAUUGCUCGUGCACCGAUGAUCUGUGCAACUCCGUCGAGAGUCUCCGCACGCCGUCCUUACUGCCAUUGGCGUCCCUCCUGACUGCCGUUCUGGCGAUACCAAGUCUGCUGCUGUCGUGCCCGCCUCUCUCUCGUCAGCCUAAUUCUGCCUAACAAUUGAUCGAAUCGCACGUGAAGAGAAUCCGAGUCAAUCCAGCCGUCGUCGCGCCGCAAGGACCGUUCGUAUAUCGAGAUACGCGAUUAGAUCAAAAUCGCCAUUUUCGAUUAUUAUUGUCAAUUUCGCUACGGUUUCCCCGAUUGGAGAGGUUGAUAAGCGUGAAGAAAUCAACACGAGAAAAAAUGCCGUUUUGAUUUUCAGCCUAAUCUUCUUAUGGCCUAAUCAAACCAGACAAUGACCGGCACGUGACCACGUCGCUUCCACCGGAUACUUUGCAUUUGAGCUAUCGAAUUUUCUCUCUUUCCUGUCUCGAAAUACCCGGAUAUCCGAACUAUACAACGAAUCCGACAUCACUUCCUAUAUUUUUUGGCAAUCGAAAUUCUAUCGGUUUCAAUCGGUGAGUUUUAAAAUUCUUUAUAUGUGCUUAUAUAUACAUUUACAAAAGCCUUAAAGAAAAAUGUGAAACUUUUUAUAAUUCUGUUUUCUACAUUUUUUCUAUAGCUCUCCCUUUCUCUCUUUUUUUUUUUAUUAUUCUUAAGAUUCUAUUACAAUUUCGAUAAACUAAACUUUCCCCAAUAUGAUAAAUAAAUAUCGAUUAAAAUUCCCGACUUUGACUCGGCUCGAAUGAAUAUGGAAUGAACAUUGAAUACUCAAGAGUAUCGAAUAUUCUGUAUACAUUGCAUAGCUCUAAUAUCAAUCGAUCUGUGUAUGAGAUAGACGACACGCAAUUGAAAUUAACGAUAGUAUCUUGGGACAAAUCGACAAAACAACAAAUAUCCUCAUUAAUUUUUUUCUCUGCGAUAAAGUUCAAGCAAGUGAGAUUAUUUUUUCUGAGAAACAAAAAAAUAUGUUGUAUGUUGAAAGAUUAAUUUUUUUUUAAAAAAAGAAAUACGCAAAGAUUUAAAAUCAUGGAUAACUGUCAUGAAAGAUUAAAAAAUAUGGAGAGAUUUAUAAAUGUCAAGUUGAAAAAUAGAUCUAUAAUAUGCCUAUUUGAACAGCUUUUGUUUUAAGAUAUAAUAUAAAUUAUUUUUAUAAAUCUAUAGCAGUUUUUUUAUUGUAAGACAUGGGCUAUUACUAAUUUACAAAUGUACAUUUGACUCACUUUAUUCUGUUAUAUAUAAAAUUUAUUUUCUUAGUCUCACAAUCGAUAUAUAAAUAUCUCUAAACUGAUAAUCUCAAACUUGCUUUUUUCUCAUCAAAGACAAAAUUAUUAUACAUUGCGCCACGGUUUUUCUCAAAGGAUUCAUCGAAGUAAUAUGGCAUGUCUCUCAAAGGAUAUAGUAAACCUCUUAGGGAAAUUUUCAAAUCUCGUAGCUAGUAAUCGGGUAGAUUUAAUCGACUCCUCGACAGUGUCUUAGGUUGCGAACGGUCUGCAAAAAAUAGCCGGAUUAUAAUGUAGCGUAACGGUGAUAACUGCCAGAUACGCGAAGGCGACACUUCAGUAGUACAUAUCUUCGCGAAAAAAAAAGAAAAAAGUAAGAUAAAAAAGAUAACACGGCCUCUGCAUAAAAA